AUGCUUGUUUGUCUCUUCGUACAGCCAAUCCUUUUCAAAGCCACAAGCCCGCGGUUUCAAUUUGCGAUCUCGUCUUUUGGAUAUCUCGCGUUUGCGCUGGCAAACUUUUAUCCAGUCUGGUACGUAAUGCUUCCGGCAGCCAUUUGUCUUGGUUUCGCGACGGGCAUCGCAUGGAGUUCCGCCACCCACUUCGUCACAGUUCUUGCUAACGAUCAUGGAUUCGCCAGCGACGACCUCUUCUCGGUCUUCACCGGGGUGGUGCAAUUCUCUUCCAUUGCAGGAAAUCUCGCUGCUGUCGGAAUCGUUAAGAAUUUCCUGCAAGAGCCAAGUACGUCUGGGGAAACACUGAAACAAAACAUCACAACACUGCCUCAAAUCGAGGGGGCAGCCGAGGUUGAGGUUAAUUACGAACGCUGUGUUUCCCACGAUCCGAUUGAAGGGACCUCAGGACACAGUUCUUCUCACAGUGUUCUCAGUGAGGAAGGCAUUAUGGUCCUAUCUGGGGCCUGUGCUUUCAUAACUGUGAUUGCCAUUCUGCUUCUUUUCUUCGGACUCGGAGGGCGUUACGCUUCAAGACUAGACAAAACGUCAAAGCCUGGUCUAAAAAUGAUCGUCCAGUCUCUGAAAGGGAUGAUAAAACAGUCGAAAAACAAGAAUCAAUUAUUGGUUGCUCCGAUGACAAUUUACUCCGCCACUGUUUUAUGCUUCAUAAUGUCUGACAUCACACGACACGUGAUUACGCCAUGCAUGGGUGUCGGCUCAGUUCCCUUUUUGAUGAUAACUUACGGAAUUGGAAUAAGCUCGGGAUGUUUCCUGACGUCGCGUCUACUCAGGAUCUUUUCUGUGAAAAGCGUUAUGAUCGUAGCCGCCUCUUUUGAUGCAGCCUGUUUCUGCUUCCUAUUCUACUGGCGCGGUGCGAACUCCUUGUUGAUUUCAAUCUUUCUCUGCAUCGGCCUUGGCUUUACUGCUGGCAUUUUCGAAUCUGGCAUGCCAAGCAUUUAUGCUAAACUGUUCCCUAAAACGAGCGAGUCUGCCUUUGCUUGGUGGAAUACUCUUUUUAAUAUUGGCGCCAUCUUCAUCUUUGGUUGGAGCAGUUUUUUCUCUCUUCAUCUUAAACUCGUCAUUUUACUUCUUCUCUUGAUUUUCUCUCUAAUCUCGCUCUUGAAUGUUAAUUUUGAAGCAACAGAAGAAGAAAUCUCCUCCAAAGCUGUAAUUUCUAGCAAAACUGAAGACACUUUAGUGUGCCCGUAA